GCGGGGCUGCGGGCGCCGAGCGGACGGCGGUGGCCCGAGGACUGCGCGGCGGGCGCACCGGACGGCCGGGGCGCAGGUGGCAGGGCGCGCGGCCAGCCGGCCCCGGGCGCCAGAAUCCGGCGCUGCCGAGCCGGGGAGGGCGCAGCGCCCACCGCAGCCUGCAGUUUUCCCGGGACGUCUGGGCGCCCAUGACGGCGGCGGCGACUGUGCUCAAGGAGGGCGUGCUGGAGAAGCGCAGCGGCGGGCUGCUGCAGCUGUGGAAGCGGAAGCGCUGUGUGCUCACCGAGCGCGGGCUGCAGCUCUUCGAGGCCAAGGGCACCGGCGGCCGGCCCAAGGAGCUCAGCUUCGCCCGCAUCAAGGCCGUGGAAUGCGUGGAGAGCACCGGGCGCCACAUCUAUUUCACGCUGGUGACCGAGGGAGGCGGCGAGAUCGACUUCCGCUGCCCCCUCGAGGAUCCUGGCUGGAACGCCCAGAUCACCCUGGGCCUGGUCAAGUUCAAGAACCAGCAGGCAAUCCAGACUGUGCGGGCCAGGCAGAGCCUCGGGGCCGGGACCCUCGUGUCCUAAGCCGCACAACUUGCCAUCUUACCUUCAUGCUCCGCACCCUCCCCACCACGUGGUGUACGGAGGUCAAGUCAGCUCUCCUGCCCCUUUUGGCUCAUGGGAGCGUGACUGUGCUCCAUAUGUCGAGGCGGAAGCCAUGGUCACGUGGAGGAGACGCUGGAGCUGAAGGAAUGGAUGGGGCCCGGGGAGGAGGGCAGAAGGCCAUGUGGGGCUGAGGAUGAAGAUUCAGCCCCUGGACACUCUCAGAGUCUCCGGACAUUCCCAGCUCAGGGCUUUGCAGCCACAGCCUGACGUACAGAUGGUGAUGGAGAGCUGGCAUCCAAGCACCCUCCCCUCGGCGGCCCCGUCAUCUGGUUGCAGACUGCUGUUAGUCCCCAGUUUGUGCCGUGCCGCGAGGAGGACAUUUCCCCAUGGGGUGCCAAGCCAGCGCCUCAGGACUCAGGAG